AUGUGUUAAGUAGAAAUUCCCUUCUGGACUCAUACAGAUGCUUUUCUUAUGCUUAGCACCAUAUGGGGGUGCUGUGAAAUCAAAAUGUUUCCUUUUAACAGAGGAUGACUGUGAUUGUGACAGGCAGGAGAGGAGGAGUUAGAUGCCACAUACCAGUCUUUAUAAAUGAGGGUUUAAAUCAAACAACUGCACCAUGCGUGAACUAAAGAAAGUGAAUGAUCUGUGGAUUACAUAGCAGCAGCCUGUAUCUCUCUCACACAGCACAAACUGCUCAGCCUCCUCAGCACAAUGGAGAAGAGACAACUUCAUGCUGCCAGACAGAAGCACGAACCUGCGACUAGCACAAAUGCAAUUCCUAAAGAUGCCUAAUCUACAGCAGGACAAAAAUAUGCUGAACUGGAGUCUUGCAGAAGAUCAGUCUACAGAAGAAGCCUUUACAUUCCAUCAGUGAUGAAUUUAUCGCUGCAGCAAUCUACUCUGGAACUUAACCUAAGUAGUUUGGCAGGCAAUAAUACAGUGCCAACUGGAAAGACUAAGUCCUCAGCAUGUGAGCAAGUGGUAAUAGCUGCUGUAGUUUUUCUCACACUUGGCAUUGUGAGUCUCCUAGAGAACAUUCUAGUCAUCUUUGCGAUUAUAAAGAACAAGAAUUUGCAUUCACCUAUGUACUUUUUCGUAUGCAGCUUAGCAGUAGCUGACAUGUUGGUUAGUGUUUCCAAUGCAUGGGAGACCAUUACAAUAAAUCUGAUAAACAACAGGCAUCUAAUUAUGGAAGAGACCUUUGUACGCCAUAUUGACAAUGUUUUUGAUUCAAUGAUUUGUAUAUCUGUGGUGGCUUCCAUGUGCAGCUUGCUCGCUAUAGCAGUCGAUAGAUAUGUCACCAUAUUUUAUGCGCUACGUUACCAUAACAUUAUGACUAUGAGGAGAGCUGGAAUCAUCAUCGCAUGCAUAUGGACCUUCUGCACUGGAUGUGGCAUCAUCUUCAUACUUUAUUAUGAAUCAACAUAUGUUAUAAUAUGCCUUAUUACAAUGUUUUUCACUAUGCUUUUUCUCAUGGUAUCCUUAUAUAUACACAUGUUCUUGUUGGCCCGUACACAUGUUAAGAAAAUAGCAGCCUUACCGGGCUAUAAUUCAGUUCAUCAGAGAACAAGCAUGAAGGGAGCUAUUACCUUAACCAUACUGCUUGGCAUUUUUAUUGUUUGCUGGGCUCCUUUCUUUCUCCACCUUAUUUUGAUGAUUUCCUGUCCGCAAAAUCUUUACUGUGUGUGUUUUAUGUCCCAUUUCAAUAUGUACCUCAUACUAAUAAUGUGCAAUUCUGUAAUUGAUCCGAUGAUUUAUGCCUUUCGUAGUCAAGAAAUGCGGAAAACUUUUAAAGAAAUUAUUUGCUGUUAUAGCCUGCGAAUGUUUUGUGACUUGCCUAGCAAAUAUUAAUAACACCCUGAAAAAUG